AUGACCCGCUCUCAACUAACACCGAUGGAUAACACAUAUGAUGAUGACGUCAGUGAUGACGGAAAUAGAUCAUCUACGUUUGGAACUCGAUUGCUAGACCAUGGAUUAAAUUCAGGCUACCAGGAAGGAAAAAGUUCCCGUAGGCUUCUCCAACAAGGUUCCCCUACGCUUCCCGAACAAGGUUCCCCUACGCUUCUCCAACAAGGUUCCCUGCGCUUCUCCAACAAGGUUGCCCAGGGCUACACAAAAAAAGUUCCCCAUCGCUUCCCCAACAAGAUUCCCCUACGCUUUCCCAACAAGGUUCCCCUACGCUUCCCCAACAAGGUUCCCCUACGCUUCCCAAAAAAAGAUUCCCCUACGUUUCCCCAACAAAAUUCUCCUACGCUUCCCCAAAAAAGAUUCCCCCACGCUUCUCUAACAACGUUCCUCUACGCUUCUCCAACAAAGAUCCCCUACGCUUCUCCAACAAAGUUCCCCUACGCUUCUCCAACAAGGUUCCCCUACGCUUCACCAACAAGAUUCCCCUACGCUUCCCCAACACAGUUCCCCUACGCUUCUCUAACAAGGUUCCCCUACGCUUCCCCAACAAAGUUCCCCUACGCUUCUUCAACAAGAUUCUCAUAUGCUUCCCCCACAACGUUUCCCUACGCUUCCUCAAAAAAGUUCCACUACGCUUCGCUAACAAAGAUCCCAUACGUUUCCCCUAGAAAGCUCCCCUACGCUUCCCCAACAAGGUUCCCCUACGCUUCCCCAACAAGAUUCCCCUACGCUUCCCCAACAAAGUUCCCCUACGCUUGCCCAUCAGGGUUCCCCUACGCUUCCCCUAACAAAGAUCCCCUACGCUUCCCCAACAAAGGUUCCCCUAGGCUUCCCCAACAGGGUUCCCCAUACGCUUCCCCAACAAGGUUCCCCUACGCUUCCCCUAACAAGGUUCCCCUACGCUACCCUAACACAGUUCCCCUACGCUUCUCUAACACAGAUAUAACUCAUAUAACUCAACUCCCAUACGCUUCCCCAACAAGGUGUCCCUACGCUUGCCCAACAGGGUUCCCCUACGCUUCCCCUAACAAAGAUCCCCUACGCUUCCCCAACAAAGGUUCCCCUACGCUUCCCCAACAGGGUUCCCCAUACGCUUCCCCAACAAGGUUCCCCUACGCUUCCCCUAACAAGGUUCCCCUACGCUACCCUAACACAGUUCCCCUACGCUUCUCUAACACAGAUAUAACUCCUCCGUGA